AUGAAGCUCUCGGAAACGAUGCAGCCUGAUGAGAUAUUAGCGACGAAGCGGAAGCUUCCUAUGUCGGAGAGCCAAUACAUGAACAGAGCGAAGAGAAAUGGGGCGGAGAGAACAAAAGCCGACGCGAAGAAAUCGUUGUCUAGUGAAUUCAAGCAUCUUGAACUUCUGUUCUCUCCGUCCGUUGAGAUGAAGAUAUGGGCCGUCGCUGAGAGAAGCCUCAACAUGCCAGAGCCGCCGACUUGGUUUCCGGAGUACACCAAACCAGGAAGCACCGAGUACGUCUACAUAGAUGCUUCGUUCUGGACCUCGGGCUUCUUUCCGGGCUUACUCUACCUGAUCAUGGAGCGUAGGAAGAAAUUCCAAACUGAAUUACGACUUCUUGGGCUUUCGCGACCAGAGCCAGACUUUCCUCAUAUGCUUCAACUCGAAUAUGUCUCUAAGUGGUGGACGGAGAGUCUUCACCAGAACGGGUCUCUUAUGGGCACGCACGAUCUGGGAUUCAUGAUCUGCCCCUGGACCCGCUUACAGUGGGAUCUCCAUCGCGACCCAAGGGCGUUCGGUACAUUAAUGACGGCCGCCAACACCCUAGCAGACCGUUUCUCGGAGAAGGUCGGCUGCAUACGAUCAUGGGAUGUGUGUCGAACAAAAGUCUAUUCGUUUACAGACCCAAGCAAGGACUUUCUUGUUAUUAUUGUAAGUUUUAUGUCCAAGCAAUCACUUCUCUUGAUCCGACCAGCAUUGUUGACUGGACAGGACAAUAUGAUGAACCUCGACCUCCUCUUCUGGGCGGCAUCCGAGGCCAGUUCCCAAGCUGACUCAACUCGCUUCUUCGACAUCGCCAUGGCCCAUGCUCGCACAUCGAAAGAAUACCUUAUUCGCGCCGACUGGUCAAGCUAUCACGUUGCCAACUUCGAUCCUUCGACCGGCGCUCUCAAAGAGCGUCUCACAAACCAGGGCUACAGCCAUACAUCGUGUUGGUCGCGAGGUCAGGCGUGGGCCAUUGCGGGAUUUGCAAAGUCUUAUGAAUGGAGUGGCGAGACAUCUUUUCUUGAAACGGCCAAGAACUGUGCCGAUCACUUCCUGAGGAGAUUACCUGACACGCAUAUUCCGCCCUGGGACUUUGACGCACAAGACGAGGCUGGUGCUACUGCGCAACCCCCAGAUACAAGCGCAGCCAUGGUCGCUGCUUAUGGCAUGCUGCUCAUCCAUCAAUCCCUCCAGAAUCGCUCCGAGCCAUCCCCGUAUCUCGGCCAUGCCCUACGGAUAGUAGAUGCUGUUUGCGAGAGGCACUUGAACCCUGCCGCCAGUCAGAAACAGGACCUGGGGACGAUUCCUACAGUAGAAAAUGGCCGCGCUACUGUUGUCAAGUGUGUCGAGACAGCUGCUAGGCUCGGAGAUACCAUCCUUAAUGGAGCAACUAUCAACAAUUUCGAGUUUGCUCCUCGUCGCUGGGCUGACCACGGGCUUGUGUAUGCUGAUUACUUUUUCGUCCUGGUUGGAAACAAGCUUUUGGAAAUGAAUGCAUUAAGGUCAUUAGCAUAG